AUGGCACUAAGGGCCUUGAAAUUUGCCUCAUUGACAGCAGCUGCUUCUGGCAUCUAUCUGUAUGGAAACAAGUUCCUGGAUCCUAAUGAUUUUGGAGUUGUUCGUGUGGGCCGAGCCAUUGCCACAACGGCAGUUAUCUCCUAUGACUACCUCACCUCUCUUCGGAGUGUCCCAUAUGGAUCAGAGGAGUAUGAAUUCCUCAAAUCACAGGUGCACCUGCGCUCUGCUGAGCGCCUCCGGGAGUUGUGCUGCUCUAACCGAGGCACCUUCAUCAAGGUGGGACAGCACCUGGGAGCACUGGACUACCUCCUGCCUGAGGAGUACACCCGCACCCUCAAGGUGCUGCAUAGCCAGGCCCCGCAGAGCACCAGGCAGGAGAUUGAGCAAGUUAUCCGUGAGGAUCUUGGCAAAGAGGUAGGGAAUAAUUAUUUUCCCCAAAAAGUCAGAGAAAAGAGUGGAUUUAAUGAGCAUUGCUCAACUGAGAGAAAGAAAAAAGAGCAAAUUAAGAUAAAAGAGCUCUUUAUGAGUUUUGAGGACACUCCCUUGGGAGCAGCAUCGCUAGCCCAGGUACACAAAGCAGUGCUGCAGGAUGGGAGAACGGUGGCAGUGAAAAUCCAGCACCCCAAGGUCCAAGCUCAGAGCUCCAAGGAUAUUUUGCUUAUGGAGGUUCUCCUCUUGGUUGUGAAGCAGAUUUUUCCAGAUUUCGAGUUCAUGUGGCUGGUGGAAGAAGCUAAGAAAAAUCUGCCCUUGGAGCUGGAUUUCCUCAAUGAAGGCAGAAAUGCUGAGAAGGUUGCUCAUAUGCUCAAAAACUUUGACUUCCUGAAGGUUCCCAGGAUCUACUGGGAGCUCUCAACAAGUCGCGUCCUUCUCAUGGAGUUCAUGGAAGGGGGACAAGUGAAUGACAAGGCCUAUAUGGAGAGGAAUGGCAUCAACGUCAAUGAGAUCUCUCGCAACUUGGGGAAGCUCUACAGUGAAAUGAUCUUUGUGAAUGGCUUUGUGCACUGUGACCCACACCCAGGCAAUGUGCUAGUGAAGAAGUGCCCAGCCUCUGGCAAGGCUCACAUUAUCCUCCUGGAUCAUGGGCUCUACCAGGUGCUGAGCGAGUCAUUCCGCAUGGACUACUGCCACCUUUGGCAGGCCCUCAUCAAGGCUGAUAUGAAGAGGGUGCAGAAGUACAGCCGGCGGCUUGGGGCAGGGGAUUUGUAUCCUCUCUUUGCCUGCAUGCUGACUGCCAGAUCUUGGGAAUCUGUCAACAGGGGCAUUGACCAGUCACCAGUCUCUGCCAGUGAGGAUAUGGAGAUCCGGUCCAACGCUGCUGCUUACUUGCCUCAGAUCACCCAGCUCCUCAACAAUGUCCCCCGCCAGAUGCUGCUUCUACUGAAGACCAAUGACUUGUUAAGGGGAAUUGAGUCAGCCCUGCACACACGGGCCAGUGCCAGCUCCUUCCUCAACAUGUCUCGCUGCUGCAUCAGAGCUGUUUCUACGUACCAGAGGAGCAAGAGUCACUCACUUUACAGGAGGGCCCAGAUCUCACUCACAGAAGCCCUAAGCCUGUGGCAGAUCAACUUACAUGAAUUCUUUCUGUGGCUGAAGGGGUCCCAGCUGGGGAACUGGGUCAUUGCCCUCCUGAGACGGAUGCACCAUUUCACGUACUGACAUGAACUAGUGGGAGAGGCCUGGGUGCUCCCUUCCCUCCCUUCUGCUCUCCAUAGCAUAUUUAUCUUUCUGACUAUUUCUGUCUAUUUUUGGGUCUUACUUCAUAUUACAUACUGCACUGUCUUUUUAUUUUACAGCAUUAGCUUCCUCUGUGGCACAGAGAAGUUUGAGUUGGUACCAGAGUCCUACUGUUUUGUGGUUUAGGAAAAGUGGGUGCAUGAUACCUUGAGCCACGAAAGGGGAAAGGAUACCUUCCUUUCCUUGUUUGUGCAGGUUAAGUUCCACUCAGAUUCUAGUGGGAUUGUGCUGGAAGCAAAUGUCUCUUUGACUCUUUCUUAAACAAUCUUAAAGAAUUUAAGAGAAUCCUAGCCCUACCUAGAAAGACUCAAAACAUUCACAGACCUUCAGAGAGAGGUGGUAAGUCCCAUGAAAAUGCAAUAGGGUUUAUAUUAGUUUAUGCAAUCUCCUUAGUCUGAUUUCUGCUUAGGUGUGCAAAAGGUUUCUCAGAGGAGUGAGACUUUGUGGAAAGGUGUCACUAGGGUUUACUCUUCCAGCACCAGGGA